AUGCCUCCAAAGAGCAAAGGGAAAGGGAGAAAAGGAGUGAAGCAGCAGCAGAAGAAGAGAGACAUAGCAGAAAGCCAAGCUGAAGAGAAGUACAGGAAACCUGCAGUGGAGGCUGACAUGCCAAAAGAGCACCUAGGUAAGGUCAGGAGGAGCCAGGGGCUGGGUUCCCUGGGGGACAUGACCUGGCAGGCAAAAGCUGAAGGGCUCAAGCAGAGGCUGUGGGACCUGGAGAAGGCGCUGGAGCAGGCACGGGAAGACAAGUGAGACAUUAAUGAAAAAAUGACCCGGCAAUACCAGGAGCUGCAGAAGCAGGCAGCAGCCCACAGCCAGGGCUUGGAGGCGAAGGUGAAGAGCCUGCAGGAGCAGCUUGCCACCAGCCUCCAGGAGAGCCGGCAGACCCAGGACACUGCCACCCAGGCUCUAGCAGAGAGGGACAGGACCAUCGCCCAGCUGCAGGGAAGGCUCAGUGCCAUGGAGAGGGAGUAUGAGAAGAUCCUCCACAGUAGCCUGGACCUUCUGCUGGCCAAGAUGGCAGAGGCCAGCCAGCACUGGGAAGAUGUAGGAACAACCAUCGCCAUUGAACACAAGGAGCGCCUACAGGAGUUUGGCCUCAGCCCCCUGGAGAUGUAG